AUGAUGCAGAGUGGAAUCAGAGCAGCGAGUGAGAGUGACGUCACAUCACUGAGUAAUGAGCAAGCGCUGGACUUCGACGAUGAAACUCUGAUAGGUAAAGACGCUUACAUGUAUGUGUAUUACCAAAAUGGCUUAAGGUUUUAACUGUCGUAUUAGCAAAGUUUCUUUGAUUUGGUAUGGAAAUCAGUGCAGUCAAUUGAUGCUCCUGACUGGACAGACAAGGCCGAAACUAUAUGAUCUGCAGUCAAUUAUGGCUAAAAAUGGCCAAACAUUAGAAACAUUUCGAAACAAACGAUUCGAAAUGCUCAAUUUUCCCGUCAUGAACUGGAAGACGUCCCGUGUCUUUUCAAAUAAUAGGUAUCGUUAACCCCCAAGCCUUAUAUAUUACUACUACUAUGGUCCGACUUAUCCAUGAAAGCGGCCAAUCCUGCCUUUACUUGAAAAAUAUUAAUUCGUAAAAAUAAUUUUCAGAUUAACACACACACACAUAUAAAAAUAAAACUGAAAAAUGCUGUGCUUAACGUCAACAGUGGUAGCGAAAAGCUUCUGUGUAAAAAGAAGAAGAGUUUAAAGAGUUUGAAGAGUUAAAUCAGUUCUCCAUCCAUUCCUGUUGGCCAGAACCUCUUUAGAACCUCUAAUUUGAUAGGUUCUUGUUGGCCCAAAGCUCUGUUGUUUCAGAGUUGGGGUUCAUUGUUAGUUUUGUUUGGGUUAGGGCUAUCUGUUGUUUUCUAAACCAAUCCUGUGAGCCGUUCUUAAAACACAAGUGACGUAACACUGAGCAGAAUAAAUGAAAGUCAUGAAGAGAGAUUCAUUUGAACGUGAUGACACUUCAAUCCUCUUUUUGUUUAGCAAUAGCACAGGUUUACAAUAAUGAAGGUACGGAAGCGUUCUUAAAGAGAGAUUACAGCAACGCUGUUUAUUUUUUCACUGAGGGAAUUAAAGUGAACUGCAAGGAUGAAGAUGGCAUGGCCAUGCUGUACAGCAACCGAGCUUCUGCAAACCUUCACGAAGGUCAGCUUAUGUGUUUUUGUUGUUGUUGUUGUUCACAAAUACUGGGCAGCCUGCAUGGUCAGCGAGUUUUCAGCACAUCUGAUUUGCAAUCCAGCAGAGUUACUGGGUUUGCCUUUCGCUCUGCCCAGUUCCGUGGCAAUGAAUUUAACUCCCCGGUUGUAAAUAGCCAAGUGAAAUUGCCUCAUUCUGGGUGGCGUUUUUUAAAAUUACGUCAUAAAUUUGGAUGAUUUUUGUAAUUAGUGAGGGAAAAAAGUAAAUGGUUUUUUAGUUUGCAUUUUUUUAGGCCAAAUAUCGCACUAAUGUUAGGACAAAACGAAACACUGAUAACGCUUAUUCUGAUUCGGAUUCAUUACGUUUGCCGUGGAAGUCCUUUGCCUAAAUUCAUCCGUCGCUUCCCAUCGUGAUUGCUUUGAAUUUUAAUUGUCACGCUGCGUUUGUUUCUUGAGUAACUUGUUGCUGUUGUUGUUUUUUUUGUUGUUAUUUAUUUUAUAAUUAUUACUAUUUUUUGAAACUUCAUAGGAAAAUACAUUUACUCACUGGUAGAUGCAAAAAAUGCCACGGACAUAAGACCA